AUGCCAAGCUGGUCGCUUCUCUGCUUGUGUGCAUGCCUGCCCCUGCUCAUGGCCAAGCCCGGCAUCGAGAAGCGCCAAGCCGACCCGGUGGUGCGAUUCAGCGAGUCGAUGAAAAUGAAUUUCGCGCAUGCCCGCGAGUUCAGCGCCAGCUUCCAAACCAACCGCCAAUCCCAGCCGAGUGUGUUCGCCGAACAGUCCAAUCUGAAGUAUGAAAAUCCCAAUCAAAACGGGUUUGUGAACUGGCAACAGACGCUGGGCCAGCUCGUCCCAAACAUGCUCAAAUUCAACGCCAACUACAACAACAAUUUUGGUCCGGAAAACGGAAAUUCGUUCGGGUUUGGCCCAAUUUCGCUGCCGAUUAAUGUCAAUAACAAUAGAAUUGUCACAACGACCCCCGCCAAUGUUGGCCGACCAUCGAGUGUUGGGCAGUUUGGGCAGUUUGGCGGCAGGACCACACAGACUCCACGAGUGGAAGAUCGACCGCUCACAAUGUCGGAGAAAUUGAGUAAGAACCAUGCUUAAUAUGUUUAAAAUUUUUGUGAAAAAAUUUAUGUUGUCCACAAAAUUCCAGACACCAAAUUCAUGACCACAACGCCCUCCACAUCCGGCUCGGCGGAGCGCUCAACCCCAGCCAACUCCAAGUCCUGGGAGCGUUCCAACAGCAAGGAGACGCCGCUCAGCGCCUCCACGACAAAUCCCAAGUUUUCGGCAGCGCAAUACUGGGUAUUAUAGUACAAACCCCAAACGUUCUUCACCCUUGAUUAUGGCUCUCUUUGUUUUUUCGUAGCGGAAUUAAUAUUAGGUAUUAAUUAUUUGAAUUACAUGACUAUAACUUAACUAUGACAACUUUUCUUAAUAAAUCUCAAUUUUUUUAUUAAUUUUAAUGAAAAAAUAUAAGCAUUGUCGCCUAAAUUCGACUCGAUUUCCUACUUUUUAUAAAAAAAAUACAGUAAAUUCCGUACCAAUCAAUAGUGACACUUCGUCAUACAGACGCGACGAAAUGCCCCAUCCGGCUCUCGCUUCCAUUUGUUCGCUUUCCUUUCUCGAUCCAACAUUCUCCUCCAUUUUAGUGGUUCGACUCGUCAAGAUCCCGGAUUUCCCGAGAAUUUUGGCUUCGCGACAUUACACUAGGCGUUGGAAAAAAGGUUAUUGUCUGUUUGCCGGUGAAAGCAGGUCGUUUUGACAGGUAAAUUGAUUGGAGGAGAAGGAAAUGAAUUCAUGAGGCUGUCUUUUGACUUUUAUAGGAUUUUAGCAGUCACGCGAGAGGGUUUUUGUCGAGAUGUAGGGGAAUUCGGAUCACAUAGUUGAAUAUGUCAGAUGAGGAUUGCAUGGGGAGAAUUGCUUUUACAAUUCAUUUUGACUGAACUUGUUAAUCUUGUUUUACGUGUUUCCGUUGUUUUUGGAACCUUAAAAAUAGCUUUGCAAUGCGUGUUUGGAAGAGUUUUACGCUCACGGUCAUGUUCAAUAUAAAAUUUUGUUGUAUUUGCAGUUUUCGCACAAUUUCAACGACUUAUCUGAUCACACGACAAUUGGCAUUCAGUUCCAGCCAUACCACUGCUAAGAAACCGGUCGAAAGCGUCUAUUUUUGUAUUUUAAGAGUAGUUAGUUUUGUUUUCGUAGACGCCAACCAUGUCCGACAACGAUUUGAAGGCCGCCGUCGACGGCGAGAGUUGGAAGUCCUCGCUGGUAUUGCCCGAACGGGACCGUCGCUUUCGCACCGCUGAUGUGACGGAGACCAAGGGUAUCGAGUUCGAACAAUUCGGGCUGUCGCGCAACUUGUUGAAGGGGAUCUUUGAGAAGGGAUGGGAGCGUCCCUCGCCCAUUCAGGAAGCCUCCAUUGCCUACGCGUUGUCUGGUAGGUACCUUUCGGAUUGUUUUUUUCUUCAUUUUAGGAGUAUUGUGGCAUUGAAGGAUGAGUGAUUUUUCGGACAUUGUUUUAGACCGUUCGUCAUCCUCAAAUCUUUAAAAGUUGUCCGCAGAAAGACGAAUUGAAUUCGUUGACUGUCAUAACUUGAAGAACAAGGCUUAUUGUUCCAUUUUCAGGCCAGGACAUUCUUGCUCGCGCUAAGAACGGAACGGGGAAAACCGGUGCUUAUUGUAUUCCCUGCAUUGAGAAGAUUGACAGUUCCAUUAACGCAAUCCAAGGCCUGAUCAUUGUCCCGACCCGUGAAUUAGCUCUACAAACCUCACAAAUCUGCGUUGAGCUGAGCAAACAUUUGAGUUUGAAGGUAAGCUUUCCUUAUGCCCUUGUUGAAUGUUAUACUAGACGAAAAAAUUUUUAUACUAGACCAGAAGUAUUUUAUGGCUUCUUCAUAACCUGAGUUCAUCUUUUAGGUGAUGGUAACGACCGGUGGAACCGACCUUCGUGAUGAUCUGAUGCGAUUAAACGGUGUUGUGCACUUGAUUAUUGCCACUCCCGGCCGUAUCCUCGAUUUGAUGGACAAGGGUGUGGCGAAGAUGGAGAACUGCAAGAUGCUGAUCCUCGAUGAAGCUGAUAAACUCCUCUCCCAGGACUUCCAGUCCAUGCUUGACCGUCUCGUCGCUCACCUGCCCGCUGACCGACAAAUUAUGCUGUACUCGGCCACCUUCCCGCGCACCGUGGCCACCUUCAUGAACAAGCACAUGAAGAAACCGUAUGAAGUGAACCUCAUGGAGGAGCUCACUUUGCUGGGUGUCACCCAGUUCUACGCAUUCGUACAGGAGAAACAAAAGGUAAGCGAUUUUUUAUAUUAUUCUUGAUACCUGGUAUUGAGUAUAAUUUUUUUUCUGUUUUUAGGUUCACUGUUUGAACACCCUGUUCCGCAAGCUCCAAAUCAACCAAUCUAUCAUCUUCUGCAACUCCACACAACGUGUCGAGCUUCUGGCGAAGAAAAUCACCGAGCUCGGCUACUCUUGCUUCUACAUUCACUCGCGAAUGGCCCAACAACAUCGAAACCGCGUCUUCCACGACUUCCGCCAAGGCCACUGCCGCAACUUGGUCUGCUCGGACCUCUUGACUCGUGGUAUCGACAUUCAGGCAGUCAAUGUUGUAAUCAACUUUGACUUCCCAAGAAACUCGGAGACGUACCUUCACAGAAUUGGGCGGUAAGUCGGCUUCAAAUUAUUAGUGGAUUGAAAUUUAGUUCGGGCCGUUUCGGACAUCUUGGUAUUGCCAUCAACCUGGUCACGUACGACGAUCGCCACAACCUCCGCAAGAUCGAAAAGGAACUCAAGACCAAAAUUGAGCCCAUCCCCAAGGAAGUGGACCCCAAACUGUAUGUGGCCGAGUUCCAAUUUGUUGAUGACAUGUGA